AUGGCUUCUCUGUCUGGUAUCGUCGAGCGAGAGCUUGGAGCAUCAUCACCAAGAAGCAAGCUUUUGAUAACAAGUGAAAGCAGUCUCGCUUCUGUAGCCUCGUUAUCCAUGCCCCUUAUUCAGGAGAUUGUUCUAUCAGCAGACAUCAGAUGUAGUGACUGCCAAGAGAAAAUCGCCGGCAUAAUGUCGAGGAUGAUCGAAACCUAUUCAAUAUUGGUGAGUGUGUUGGAGAAGGAAGUGACGCUGACGUGUACAUAUUCCGGUGACCGGAGAGUCUCAAAGACAUAUGGUGAAGCUAUUCUCUGCAAAAUCUCCACAUUCAAGCGUAUGAUAUUUCCUUCUUCCAGGAAACAACAACUCAAUAGUAUUUCUUGA